AUGGCCAGUUUGCAAAAGGCUUUAAUCUCGCUGCUGCUCAUUGUAGCUACAGUGCUUCUGUUUGCUCAGAGCACUGAGGCACUCAAGGGCCCAAAGAUUACCCACAAGGUCUAUUUCGAUAUCGAGCAUGGUGACAAACCUCUCGGAAGAGUUGUGCUUGGUCUCUAUGGCAAGACCGUUCCGAAGACUGCCGAGAACUUCAGGGCUUUGGCUACCGGUGAGAAGGGCUUUGGAUACGAAGGCUCGUCCUUUCACCGCGUGAUCAAGGACUUCAUGAUUCAAGGCGGCGACUUCACCAGGGGCGAUGGCACUGGCGGCAAAUCAAUUUACGGACAAAAGUUUGCCGAUGAGAACUUCAAGCUCAAGCACUCCAAGCCCGGCCUUCUCAGCAUGGCCAAUGCGGGCAAAGACACCAACGGAUCUCAGUUCUUUAUUACUACUGUUGUCACUUCCUGGCUUGAUGGCCGCCACGUCGUUUUUGGCGAGGUCGUGGAGGGAUUCGAUAUUGUGCAGCAGAUUGAGAAUGUGGACAAAAAGCCUGGCGACAAGCCAACUUUGCCCGUCAAGAUUGUCAAGAGCGGCGAGCUCGAGGUGCCAGAAGAAGGUAUCCACGUGGAGCUCUAA